AUGUCUUUGAUUGCUUUUGACACCAGCAACCACGACCCGCCGAGCGAACUAACAGCAGGGUUGAACGCAGACGGGGUCGAACCGCCGAUCUCUCGCUCCCAAGUGGAGACUCAUCCUGCAUCGAAGGCGAGCGCCUUACCACUGGGCCAUGCGUCCUUGCUAUCACGCGACGCGCCUGGAGGUUCAUCACAGCUUCCUUCUGCCGAGUGCUCGUAG